GCUGAGCACAUACAAUGUGACAACACUUCCAAUCCACUCAGAACAACCCUCUCCCUCCAGCAGAGAGUGUCACCUCCUGCUUUAGGAUCAUCAAGCUCUGCUGACUGGAUCUCACCCUGCCUGGAGGAUCAUAUUGCAAGAAUUUCACCCUUCCCUACCUUGCCUGGGGGUAAAUCUCUUCUGAGGAAUCUCAGGAAAUCAAAUUCCACCCUAAGACUGUUUUUACUAAGAAUUUCCCUAGGAGCUGUGUUGGGGUCCUGCGAUGAUACACCAGCCACUUGUGCUGCCACCCAUCAAAACCUUGGAUGGCCCUACUUUCAGAAUAGCCUUCUAGUAUAGGAACUACUUUGAAAAGGACAAAACUAUUACAGAAGUUGUUGAACUUGCAAGUGUUGAGAAUGAGGUCAUGAUGCCUGGAUUUAAGAAAUUAUUUAAGACAAUGUCAAAUAUGAUUCAAGAGAAAAUGUGAUUUGAGUCUGGAGACAAUUGUGCAUAUCAACUAAAAAUAAAAAUCCAUUAUAAUUGAUAGAAGAGAAAACAUUAUUCAGAAGAUUGCUACAAUUAAAAAGAAAGGCUGCUUGUAGUUUGAUUUAUAUUAUAUUGCACAUUUUGACUUUAAUGAUGGAGAAAAAGUGUAUCCUGUAUUUUCUGUUUCUCUUGCCUUUUUGUACGAUUCUUGUCAUAGCAGAAUCGAAAGAAGAGGAGAGCUCUGAUCACUUAAUUCAGUUGGGUGUUACUAGAAAUAAAGUCAUGACAGCUCAAUAUGAAUGUUACCAAAAAAUUAUGCAAGACCCUAUUCAACAAACAGAAGGCAUUUACUGCAACAGAACCUGGGAUGGAUGGCUGUGCUGGAAUGACGUUGCUGCAGGAACCGAAUCAAUGCAACACUGCCCCGAUUACUUUCAGGAUUUUGAUCCUUCCGAAAAAGUUACAAAGAUCUGUGACCAAGAUGGAAACUGGUUUAGACAUCCAGCAAGCAAUAGAACAUGGACAAAUUAUACCCAGUGUAAUGUUAACACACACGAGAAAGUUAAGACUGCACUGAAUUUGUUUUACUUGACUAUAAUUGGACACGGAUUAUCUAUUGUAUCACUGCUUCUCUCGCUUGGCAUAUUCUUUUAUUUCAAGAGUCUAAGUUGUCAAAGGAUCACCUUGCACAAAAAUCUGUUCUUCUCUUUCGUUUGUAACUCUAUUGUAACAAUAAUUCAUCUCACAGCAGUGGCCAACAACCAGGCCUUAGUGGCCACAAAUCCUGUUAGUUGUAAAGUGUCUCAGUUCAUUCAUCUUUACCUGAUAGGCUGUAACUACUUUUGGAUGCUUUGUGAAGGCAUUUACCUACACACACUUAUUGUGGUGGCUGUGUUUGCAGAGAAGCAACACUUGAUGUGGUAUUAUUUUCUUGGCUGGGGAUUUCCACUAAUUCCCGCUUGUAUACAUGCUGUUGCCAGAAGCUUAUAUUACAAUGACAACUGCUGGAUCAGUUCUGAAACCCAUCUCCUCUACAUUAUCCACGGCCCAAUUUGUGCUGCUUUACUGGUGAAUCUUUUUUUCCUAUUAAAUAUUGUACGUGUUCUCAUCACCAAAUUAAAAGUUACCCAUCAAGCAGAAUCCAAUCUCUACAUGAAAGCCGUGAGAGCUACACUUAUCCUGGUGCCAUUACUGGGCAUCGAAUUUGUGCUGAUUCCAUGGCGACCAGAAGGAAAGAUUGCAGAGGAGAUAUAUGACUACACCAUGCAUAUCCUUAUGCACUUUCAGGGUCUUUUGGUUUCUACAAUUUUCUGCUUCUUUAAUGGAGAGGUUCAAGCAAUUCUGAGAAGAAACUGGAAUCAAUAUAAAAUCCAGUUUGGAAACAGCUUUUCCCAUUCAGAUGCUCUCCGUAGUGCAUCUUACACAGUGUCAACAAUCAGUGAUGGUACAGGUUAUAGUCAUGACUGUCCUAGUGAACAUUUAAAUGGAAAAAGCAUUCAUGAUAUUGAAAAUGUUCUCUUAAAACAGGAAAAGUUAUAUGAUUGAUAAUAGAGGGAGUAUUGCUUAAGCAUUUUUGCCACUCCUAACUCAAGGACUUGGAUCCAUGAUUAAACAACCAGAGGACUUCAAUAUUACGUGUAUUUCUUAAAUGCCACAAAGAAAAACCCUCACAUGAAUUCAGUAGUGUGUUGAUAAAGGUUUAACAACUAGUUCUGUGGGAGAAAAAAAAGCCCUAAUUUGUACUAUUUGCCAGUUUCUAUGGAGUAAAUUCUCUCACCAUAGCUGAUUUCAAGCUAUCACCUUGACAUCACUGAAUGGAGAAUUGGGAAAAGAUGAGCACAGUCCAUUUGUAGACUGAUGUGAGCGAGCUCCAGCACACCACUGCAUGAACUCACAAAAGAGUAAGACUGUGAAAGUUCACACACAUUGGGCAUGAUUCUACUCUUGUUGGCUCAAGAGACCUGGCUAAGGCCUAUAGACUUGGAGAGGAAAUUGCCUUUUCAUUUCUUUGUUUUUAAAAUCUUUUAUCCCAUAUUCAUUGGUGCAGUUGAUUUUUUUUUGCUCAGAAAGUAUUCUAGCCCUUUUUAUAUUUACUCUUUCAAAUGGACCAGACAGAGAGUUAAUUUUCCUGUUGGCUUUUCCUCUUCUCCCCAAGAAAUGCAACUGAGCAGAAUGCUAUUGGCUACUCAUUUACUGAUACAUCAUAGUUAUACCUUGUGUCAUAUCCAUUUCUGAGACUUGAUGAAUAGGAUGUAUGAUAUGCAGUCUACUUUGAUGCUGUUAGGGAGACAUAUUGGUUGAUACUACAGAACACCUUGUCUGCCACUUCCCUAUCUUACGACACAAAUGGGAGGGAAUCAGUUUCCCUGUAUCUGUAAAUAAAAACUUUUGCCCCUUCCAUUUCUACUGUGUAGACAAAUUAGCAGUUAUUUUACAUGAAAGGAAUCAAUGAAGGAUCUUAUUUUCUUGGAAGUUUGUAAAAAAAAUUGUUGCUAAGAAUUAGCUUGUAAAUAUCCUGUUAAUCUGUUGUAUAGUCUCAAAUCAAAUACAUACAAUUCAGGUAAAUUUAAAAAAAAAAACAUAAUGAACAAUGUAUGCAUAUUAAUAUCUGAUACUGUGUCUGGGCUGGUUUUAUAAUAAAAUAGAGUCUGGAAUUCUAUGUUUGCUAAAUAUUUUAAAGACAACCAGAUGCCAGCAUCAGAAGUUAGUUUGAGAACUAAGAGAACAAAAGUAUCUAUGAUAAGAUGAAAAAUAUUUAUUAAAAAAGUUAAGGCCAUUAUUUUAUUGAAUAUUUUAGCUUUGGUGAUUCAUACUUUAAUAAUAGGUGUGUUUGACAUAUUUCUACUUUUAUUUUGAAGAUGAACUUGUAUUCUAAUCCAGAAAUUUUAAAAGACUCCUACUAUAUACUAAGUUCCAAACUGCUACUCUUAUGAUCUUUACCCAACUAAAAAUAUUGCUUUUCUGACUUUUACUGUAUGAAGAUAUAUAGGUUUGGAAUUGUUCCAGGCUAUUUUUUAAAAACUUGAGGAAUACAAUAUAUAUCAUAUACAAUAUUUUAAUAGAGUGAUUAUGAUCAUAUGAUAAUAGAAAUCAGUGAAAGACUUGAAUAUAUCAAUGAGGAAGAACUGUGGUCAGAACGUUUAUGGAAUAAUUACAUUAAGAUGGAAGAAAGCAUUGCUAAUGAAUUAAAGUGACAUUUAAAUGCAACUCAGUUUCUGUAAUGUUAUUUUCCACUGGAAUUUCUGAAAAACAGAAAUGACUUCAAUUAGUAAAAGUCAGUUUGGACACAAUCAUUAUGUGUAUGUGUUUUUCCAGUGUGUCAAUCUUCUUAAAAUGGAUUAAAUUAAUGACUAAGUUAUCAUAGACUGUUUCUUAAACUGUCAAUAGAUAGUGACUUGAGAAGGCACUUAAAAUUCUCCAGGAAAAUUAUCUAAAUUAUUAAGAAUUAACAUAUUAAAUGACCUGAUCAAUACAUUUAUAAUUUAUCUAUACAUGUAAAGGUUUUAUUGUUGAUUUCAAAUUUAUGAAUUUAAUAGCAAGCUAUCAUAAAAAGGAAUGCAGGCUGUUUUGGACUUUCUACUGUCUAAAUUAUGCUAAACUUCCUUAAAAUAAACUCAUUUUUUAGCUAUUCAUUAUACAAAGACACAGGUUCAAAUCCUUUACUGACACUAUUCACAUGUUUCAACAUUCUUCCAGACAAACUGUCAAGUCUCAACCAUGAUGGCAGUAGAAAAUGUUAAAUUAUCAGUAUGCACUAUAUUAAAAUUAUAUUGUAAUUUUCAAGUAUUUUUUAUUGUACUUUUAUCAUUUUAACUUUAGAACAUAUUUCCUUUGACCAGGAAUCAUCUGUUAUACAGUCUUCAGUUGUAUGCAGUCCAUAAUUAAUCAGCGUUAGUUUCAUACCCCUAUUUUUUUAGGAGUAAUAUUUUCAAAUAUUAGACUUUUGUAAAGCUGAAGUGCUAAUGAAGUUUUCCUUUGUAUCUGACUCAUGAAAAAAAAUGUAAAAUCAAUACUUUUUAAAGGCAAACUUCUUUGUAUCUAAAAAUUAAUUUGGGAAUUUCUACCUUUUAAAAUAUAGAUCUGCUGUUUUUCUGCAAGUAUUUGUGGAAGUCACAUUUAAAAUUUUAAAAAUUCUAACCUGUCAUUUUUUAUUUUUUAGUUAUUUUCUAGUGCAUUUAUUCAUAAAAUAUCUAUUCUGGAAUUUAGUGUUUGCUCAAAUGUAAUCCAGUGUACAUAGAAUUACUAGUAGCUGUAGUACUGUAUUUAAUGCUUAAUAAUUUUUUGAAGUGUGAACUUAUUUUAAUUUUCUUCGUUUUAAUCUGCUAAUAGAAACCACCAUUUUUUAAAUCAGAAAGAUAUACCCUAAAAUUUUCCAUCAAUUCAAACAACUCUUGUUAUUCCUACUUGAUAUAUAUCUCUAUUUUUUGAUUGUAUAAAAAUAUUAAAGUUAUGAGCUAAAAUUGA